AUGGAGCGCCGACCUGGAGAAGGACCGGGUGGCAGUCCUUAUGCUGGAAAGCCCAGACCUGGCUUGGACCAAGCCUGGCAUGAUCUUUUAAAAUAUUCCAACAUCCGUCUCAGCUUAGAAGAGCUGGAUUUUCUUGAUCCAGCAAGGAAAGAUUCUGCCGUAGAGUUGCCGGACGGCGGAUAUUACGCGACUACCCAAGUGAUGCACGAGCUACACUGUAUUGUUGGUCUUUACCUCACAUACUUCCCUGAGCUUUCCACCGCACAAUUGGAAGAUCAAAAAAUUCAUGUGGAGCACUGCCUCGAUACGCUUCGUCAAGGCGUUAUGUGCCGCGCCGACCUUACCCCAAUCACUAUGCGCUGGGGUCACAAACAGCCUGUGCCCCUCGGCAAUUUCUCGAGUCCACAUCAGUGCGUGGAUUGGUCGCGAGUCGAUUACUGGAUGCAAGAUAGAUCGAUCGAUGACAUCUUCAGACCCGGAUAUCUUCAACAUCCUGUCCUUGGUGAGGUGUAUACGGAAGAGAACCAGGAGAAUGCUGAAAUCACAGGCACGGUACAUGACGAUUAG